AUGUGUGGAUUUCGACUCAAGUUUGCUGCAGUAACCCUCAUAGUUCUGGUCUGGGUUUGUGUCCAAUGCAAUGCUGGACUGAGAUUAGAACAAACCGAACUCAAGCCGACUCAUCAAACCAUGUUGAGAGCUUGUGGGGGCUUACGGGCUGAACCAAAUGGCUGCCAAAAGCUAUGUGAAGUAAUGACAUACCAUUGUCAACGAUGUCGGGUUACUGCAUUGGUCACCAUCCAUACUUCCUGCACUCAACAUCCUCCUCCUCCUCCAUUCUAUGAUGAUAAAGAUAAGGCAGUAAUAGUCGAUCAUUAA